AUGUUUAAGAAAAAAAUAUUGAUAUAUUCAGGUGAUGAUGCCGAAAUUGCUUUAACAACUAAAGGUUUAAAAUACAAAGGAAAGAAUGAACCUUACCCAAAUGGGAUUCAACUAGACGAUUGUACAAUGGACGUAUCACUGGUAGUGAACAACCAAAAAAUAAAUGCCCACAGAAAUGUCUUAGCUUCAAAUAGUGACUAUUUUGAUAGAAUGUUAGACGGUUAUUUCAAAGAACGGUUCCAAGAUAAAAUAGAAAUAAAUAUAGCUGAUGUAAGCUUUGAAAUUUUGAGUACACUUGUUCAAUUUUUUUACACAUCAGAAAUAUAUAUUACAGAAAAUAAUGUUCAGGAUCUGUUGAUUAGUUCCAGUAUAUUUUUACUAGAUGAAGUCCAAACUGCAUGUGUGGACUACAUGAAAGAGUUAAUUGACGUGGAAAAUUGCAUAAAUAUGAAAGAUCUUGCUAAUGCUCUAGAAUUAAAUGAUCUCCAUUCUAUAUGCAUGACUUAUAUAAUAAACAAUUUCAGAUUUUUAGCUAUCUAUAAAGAGUUUAUGAAGACUAAUUAUGAUGAAAUGAUGCUAUUUAUCAAGAAUGAUGAUUUAUUUGCUAAAGAAGACAUGGUUUAUGAUGUUGUAAUGAAUUGGAUAAAAUAUGAUCCAGCAACUAGAUGGAAAUAUUCUACAGAAUUGUUAUGGUUUGUGCGGUUGCCAUUAAUUCUAAGUACUUACCAAGGAAUCAUGAAUGUUUGUGAAUAUCAAGGCGCUAAAAUUAAUGAACUUAUUUCUUUUCGAAUGGAGCAUCGAAGACCAUUUAGAAAAGGAAUAUUAGUGUUAAGUCAUUAUCAAUUUGAAUCAACUCUAGAGUGGUAUGACGCUGGGUUAGAUAAAUGGCAGAAUUGUUCGAGUAAAACCAUUAUAUGUCGCUUAUUACCACCUAGAACUUUGUGUACAGUUAUUUUACUUGAUGAUGGUCGCUUAUUUGCUGCUGGAGGUGCAAAUAGACAUGGCAAUGGAAUGCAAUCAACAUAUAUAUUCAAUCUAAAAACAAACGAAUGGACAUCCUGUAUGGACAUGCAUCAUGAACGUCUUAAACCAUUUGUAGUGCAAAUUGGAUCUUAUGUUUAUGUGAUUGGAAUGAAUGAAGCUGGAUAUUAUGACACACGUAAUGACAAAUGGAAAUUUAUUAAGCCAAUACCUGAGUUCAAUACAGGUUCUGCGGUUUGCACAUUAAAUGAAAAUAUUUAUGUUAUUGGUGGUCAACGUUUGGAAAAUUGUUACAAAAGCGUAUGGUCCUACUGUACGCUAACUGAAGAAUGGGUAUCCUUACCCGAACUUAAUUUCGCCAGAUCAUUUUCUGGUGCUAUUGCAAUGAAUGGGAAUAUUUAUGUAUUUGGAGGAAAAAUUAUCGAUACGCCCUAUUCAAAUACAUUUGAAAUAUACAAUCUUCACGACAACAAAUGGAUAAUUUCAAAUGCUUAUAUUAUGAAAAAGAAUCUAUGUCACAUAGAUGCUAUUGUGUUAGAAAAGAAUUCUGAAUUGUUUAAAAAAGUGUUAGAAGGAGCGAUCAAUACUAUUAUUAAUUAA